UGCAAGAGAUGAAGAAGCGAGCCCUCUUAACCUCUAUAGACAUUAUCUUUUUAAUUCUCGUGUUCCUAUUCGCCGUCCAUAAGCUCUUUUCCAGAUUCACUUCAAAUGGGAGGCUGACCUCAAACGGGCACUCCGAAAUUCACACUCCCCUGGUUAGUCACAAGGCCGACGCAGCCAUUGUUAGGGCCGGCUCGUGGUUUAAGCUCACUCUCAUUAUCUCGCUAGCUUUAUCUCUCAUCUCGGCUGUCGCGUGCGUUCUAGCUUUUACCAAGAGCGGUAAAUUCCCAUUUAAGACUGUGAACGGCCUGUACUGGCUGUUCCAAGCAGUCACUCAUGCAAUUACAGUAGUGCUAAUUGCACACGAGAAGAGAUUUAAAGCUACUUUACAUCCUCUAACUCUAAGGAUAUAUUGGGCAGUCGAAUUCGUAGUUUUAGUUCUGUUUUUCUCGUCCGGCGUUCUGCGUUUGGUUGCAUUUCAAAAAACCGGUUCGGACUUGAUAACAGACGACAUAGUCUCGGUUAUUGUUUUUCCUUUCUCUUUCGUCUUACUCAUAGCUGCAGCGAAAGGGUCCACUGGGAUUACACUAUCAUCUGAAGUUGAAGUUGAUCAGGUUAUGGAUUCAGAACAACCCCUUUUGGCCAAUAAACAACACCCCGAUAACACGACCGGAUUUUCUUCAGCUUCAAUCUUAUCAAAAGCCUUCUGGAUUUGGAUGAACCCACUUUUGAAAAAAGGAUACAACUCGCCGCUCAAGAUAGAAGACGUGCCUUCCCUUUCGCCCGAGCACAAAGCCGAGAAAAUGUCCCAACUCUUCCAAAAGAAUUGGCCCAAACCCGAAGAAAACUCAAAACACCCGGUCUUGAAAACACUCCUCCGCUGCUUCUGGAAAGAAUUCGCCUUCACGGCAUUCUUAGCUGUCAUCAGGCUCUGCGUUCUCUACGUGGGGCCCACACUGAUACAGAGCUUCGUGGACUUCACUUCCGGCGACAAAAGCUCCUCGCCCUUCGAAGGCUACUAUCUCGUCGGCAUUCUGUUGGGGGCCAAAUUUGUCGAGGUCUUGAGCUCUCAUCAGUUCAACUUCAACGCCCAGAAGCUUGGCAUGCUCGUUCGCUCUACCCUCAUCACCUCACUCUACAAAAAGGGCCUUCGCUUAUCGGGCUCGGCCCGUCAGGCCCACGGAGUGGGCCAAAUUGUUAACUACAUGGCAGUGGAUGCCCAGCAGCUCUCUGACAUGAUACUUCAAUUACAUUUCCUCUGGCUUAUGCCUUUGCAGCUAACGGUAGCCAUCGUCAUUCUCUACCAAUAUUUAGGAACCUCGACUCUUGCAGCAAUAAUCGGGCUCGUUUUAGUAAUGGUGUUUGUCUUGGUUCGGACGAAGAAGAACAACGGUUAUCAGUUCAGCCUGAUGAAAAACCGGGACUUGCGCAUGAAGGCCACGAACGAGAUGCUCAACUACAUGCGGGUGAUUAAGUUCCAAGCUUGGGAGGAGCAUUUUAACAAGAGGAUACAAUCCUUUCGGGAGAUUGAAUACGGGUGGCUUAGUAAAUUCAUGUACUCGAUUGCGGCUAAUAUUAUUGUGUUGUGGAGUACACCGGCUCUUAUAGCGACCAUCACAUUUGGAAGUGCAGUUGUUCUCGGUUUUCCGCUUUCUGUGGGGACAGUUUUCACGGCGACUUCGUUGUUGAAGAUGCUGCAGGAGCCGAUUAGGACAUUUCCUCAGUCGAUGAUUUCGCUUUCUCAGGCGAUAAUUUCAUUGGAGAGGUUGGAUAAGUUUAUGACGAGAGUUGGGGGAGGGGUGGGUGUGGCUGUGGGGGUUGAAGGGGGGAGUUUCGGGUGGGAUGACGAGAGUCGAGAGGCGGUGGUGAAAGGGUUGAGUUUCGAGAUCGGGAAAGGUGAGCUGGCGGCGGUGGUGGGGACGGUGGGGUCCGGGAAGUCUUCGCUCCUCGCGGCCAUUCUUGGAGAGAUGAACAAGUUGUCCGGAAAGAUUAGAGUGUGUGGUAGCACAGCAUAUGUGGCUCAGACAUCAUGGAUACAAAACGGGACCAUACAAGAAAAUAUUCUUUUUGGAUUGCCGAUGAAUAAUGCCAAGUACAAGGAAGCCAUUAGGGUUUGCUGCUUGGAGAAAGACCUUGAAAUGAUGGAGUUUGGGGACCAAACUGAGAUUGGAGAGCGUGGUAUCAAUCUGAGUGGCGGACAAAAGCAGAGAAUUCAACUUGCACGUGCGGUUUAUCAAGAUUGUGAUAUAUAUCUGCUUGAUGAUGAAUGUGUCAGAGGAGCUCUUAGGGGGAAGACCAUUAUACUUGUGACCCACCAAGUAGAUUUCUUGCAUAACGUCGACCAAAUCCUCGUCAUGAGAGAUGGCAUGAUUGUACAAUCCGGAAAGUACAACAGCCUGCUCGAAUCCGGCACUGAUUUCCAAGCCUUGGUAGCUGCACACGACGCGUCCAUGGAGCUCGUCGAUGUUGAGACAAAAAACGAAGCAAAAACUUUAACUACCCAAAAAUCUUUUAAAGUCGGUGAAGAAAACAGCGAGAGUAAUUCCCAUGAAAAAUCGGAGGCUAAUAAUAGCGGUAGCUCUAAGCUCAUCAAGGAAGAAGAACGGGCGACUGGUAAAGUAAGCUUGAAAGUGUACAAAUUGUACUGCACAGAGUCUUUUGGGUGGUGGGGUGUGGCGGCUGUUUUGCUACUGUCCAUAACAUGGCAAGGAACUCUAAUGUCGAGCGACUAUUGGCUGGCUUACGAGACCUCUGAAAAACGAGCGGCUUCUUUUAAUCCUUCCCUGUUUAUUGAAGUGUAUGCUGUUUUAUCUGUUGUUGCUUUCUUGCUGGUUCUUUUCAGAAGUGUUUUGACGACAGUUAUGGGAUUAAAGACUGCUCAGAUUUUCUUCGGGCAGAUUCUUCACAGCAUUUUGCAUGCUCCUAUGUCGUUUUUCGAUACCACGCCUUCUGGACGAAUCUUGACUCGGGCAUCAAGUGAUCAGACCAAUGUAGAUAUUUUGAUUCCUUUCUUUAUGAGUAUUACUGUUGCAAUGUACGUUACUCUUCUCAGCAUCAUCAUCAUCACUUGUCAAUAUGCCUGGCCGACUAUAAUCAUAGUGAUCCCACUCGGUUGGCUUAACAUCUGGUACCGGGGCUACUACCUUUCCACCUCCCGUGAACUGACUCGACUCGACUCUAUCACAAAAGCGCCUGUCAUUCAUCAUUUCUCCGAGAGCAUAACGGGUGUCAUGACUAUUCGUUGCUUUCGAAAGCAAGAGAGUUUUUGCCAAGAGAAUGUUAAUCGAGUGAAUGCAAAUUUACGCAUGGAUUUUCACACCAAUGGAUCGAACGAGUGGCUGGGAUUUCGUAUGGAGCUAAUCGGGAUGUUAUAUUGGGCCAUAUACAUGAGUUGCUUCUUGGAGAACAGAAUGGUUUCAGUUGAGAGGAUAAAACAGUUCACUGUCAUUCCAUCUGAAGCGGAAUGGAGGAAAAAGGAUUUUCUCCCUCCGAUUAACUGGCCGACACAAGGAAACGUUGUAAAAUAUCGUCCUGAUACUCCUCUAGUACUCAAAGGUAUUAGUCUCAGCAUAAACGGUGGAGAGAAAAUUGGUGUUGUGGGCCGUACAGGCGGUGGAAAAUCGACUCUAAUCCAAGUCUUGUUUCGAUUGGUCGAACCUUCGGCUGGGAAAAUAAUCAUCGAUGGCAUAGAUAUUUCGGCAUUAGGGCUUCACGACCUUAGGUCUCGAUUCGGAAUCAUUCCUCAGGAGCCUGUGCUUUUCGAAGGAACUGUGAGGAGCAACAUUGACCCAACUGAACAAUAUUCGGAUGAUGAAAUAUGGAAGAGUCUUGAACGUUGCCAACUUAAAGAUGUAGUAUCCUCAAAACCCGGGAAGCUCGAUUCUGCUGUUGUUGACAAUGGUGAUAACUGGAGUGUGGGCCAGAGGCAGCUUUUAUGUUUGGGUCGAGUGAUGUUAAAGAAAAGCAGACUUCUAUUUCUGGAUGAAGCAACUGCAUCCGUUGAUUCACAUACAGAUGGAAAAGCAAAGGAAUUUGACAGACCAUCUAAUUUGCUCGAGAGGCCGUCUCUUUUUGGGGCAUUGGUUCAGGAAUAUGCCAACCGAUCAUCCGAACUUUGAGUGGCUGAAAAAAGCUGCAUAAUUUGGAUAUUUGGAGUCUCAGAUGAAGAGAUAGUCAGGAUAUUGUAUCAUGUUGUAGCAAAUUUUGGUCUUUCCUUCAGAGGAACAAAGGCUUGCAAGAUAGAAAAUUUAAGCAUUCAGAAAUAAAGUAUAGUAGGAGUUAAUUCUUGUAGUUAUUUUGGGAAAUUGAUAAUAAGCUCAACAUUAUAUUUGAGAUACCAAGAUAUAUUUGUAACUGAUGAUUCUUGAAGUUAUCAUUAAUGUAGCUGAAUGGCUUCUUUAUAUGAUGUUA